ACACUCAAGACUCAGACAGUACGCUUUAUAGAUGUUUGAGCGCGCGCGAGAGAUCGAUUCUCGAUUCGGUUCGAUUUCGUUUUGAUUUCGCUCUCUCACCUGAAGAAGAGUUCGUUCUCAGUUUCAGUUCUUCCAUUCUCCUGCAAAGGCUCGCUGCAUCUAUUGAUUUUUGUUCGCUGCAAUCAGCUGAGAGUGAGUUGCAGCUUCCGCCGUUGGCCAGUAAUGGCGGACGAAGGGGCGACUCCUCACAGACGAGACCCUAUCAAGUCAUCCGUUGGGAAUGUUGCAGCACAUCGAAGGCGGCAACAAGCAGUCAUGGUGGGAAAAGAAAGAAGGGAAGCACUGAUGCGAACAAAGCGCCUGUGUAGAGUUGGAGUUAGCAGUGAUGAUAUUGUUCCCCUGGAAACAGACAUGAUGACUGAUGAAGAGCAAUCAGUCCUGGAUGCUCAGACAUCUUCAGCUGUGGAAGAGUUAAAACUUGCCAUCGUGUAUCAGGGAAAAGGAGCAAUGCAGAAAAGGAUAGCCGCUCUUCGAGAAUUAAGGCGUUUAUUGUCAAAAUCUGAAUUCCCUCCUGUUGAAUCUGCCCUAAAAGCUGGUGCUCUACCUGUCCUUGUGCAGUGUCUUUCAUUUGGUUCACCAGAUGAACAGUUACUUGAAGUAGCUUGGUGUCUUACGAACAUAGCAGCAGGAAGGCCUGAAGAGACUAAAGCUUUGUUGCCUGCUUUACCAUUGCUCAUUGCUCAUCUUGGAGAAAAGAGCUCCUUGCCUGUUGCCGAGCAAUGUGCAUGGGCAGUGGGAAAUGUUGCUGGCGAAGGAGAAGAGCUGAGAAAAAUUCUCCUAUCACAAGGAGCCUUACAACCUCUUGCAAGAAUGAUGCUUCCAAACAAGGGUUCGACCGUGAGAACGGCUGCAUGGGCACUUUCAAAUUUAAUUAAGGGGCCUGAUCCAACAGCUGCAACAGAACUUAUAAAAUUUGAUGGGAUACUUGAUGCAAUUAUUCGGCACUUGAGAAAAGGUGAUGAGGAGCUGGCAACAGAAAUAGCAUGGGUGGUUGUUUAUCUAUCAGCCCUCUCAAAUGUUGCUACCAGCAUGUUCGUGAAGAGCGAUCUACUUGGAUUACUAGUGGAAAGACUCGCAACAUCAAAUAGCUUGCAAUUGCUCAUUCCGGUGCUGCGAAGUCUAGGUAAUCUUGUGGCUGGUGACGCUCACACAAUCAAUGCUGUCCUUGCUGCGGGACAUGGAAUCACAGAUCAUCUCAUAGCCGGACUAAUUAAUUGUUUGAAAAGUGAGCAUCGGGUCUUGAAAAAGGAAGCGGCUUGGGUGCUAUCUAACAUCGCAGCUGGUUCUCUUGAACACAAGCAUUUGAUUUAUUCAAGUGAAGCGAUUCCAAUUUUGUUACGGUUACUUUCAACAGCACCGUUUGACAUAAAAAAGGAAAUAGCAUACGUUCUGGGCAACCUCUGUGUUGCUCCAUCUGAAGGUUCUGGGAGGCCAAACUUGAUCCUGGAGCACUUGGUCUCCCUUGUUGGCAGAGGAUGUCUUCCUGGGUUUAUAGAUUUAGUCAGGUCUGCUGAUAUUGAGGCAGCAAGAUUGGGACUCCAGUUCAUAGAGCUGGUCUUGAGGGGGAUACCCAAGGGUGAGGGCCCUAAGCUUGUUGAGAGAGAGGACGGAAUUGAGGCCAUGGAAAGAUUUCAAUUUCAUGAAAAUGAAAACCUCAGAAACAUGGCUAAUGAGCUAGUUGACAAGUACUUUGGGGAGGACUAUGGGCUUCAUGAGUAGAAGAGGAGGAUCAUGACACGAAGAGACUGGUGCAUAGAUUUCGAAUUUUGCAGGCUGCCAGAUCCUCCCCAUAUCCUGCCAUGUAAAUGUAAGCAUGUCAAGUAAAGCUUUUCCAACUGUGUAUCUUGUUAUAAUAGAGUGUAGUGUAUUGAGAGACUUUCUUAGCACGGAUCUUAGCUAAGGUUUUUCUUUCUGGAGCCAUAUGCUUUUUGUCCAGAAUUUAGAAAUUUGAACGCCAGCUUAUGAAAGCAAAGCUGGUUCUGUUUAGGUGUAUUGGGUAUGUGUUAUAAUUCACAAAUUAUGCGCAUCGGAUAAGUACAUACAACUCUACUGGAAGACUGACUUUGAACAGAUUUGAACCCCACUUACCUAUUUUUAUUGGGCCAGAUUUAUAUUUU